AUGACCUUGCUUUCCAGGAAGACUGAUGUGUCAACAGACCAAAAGUCGGGCAUCACUUCGACGGUUCUGACUUUGGUUCCUUCGAAGCCUUUCCAGCAAGGGAUCGUUCGCUUUCACAUCUCAUGGAAACCAAUCCAUCAAUCUUUCCAAAUGCCCAGUUUCAACCUCCAAUUUGCAGACGUCGUGCCUAGAGAUCAUCCGAUCAUGGCGGCAUCUGGCCAGAACGAUUGCGCGAUGUUGAAGAAGAUAAUUGAGAACCGGACAGCUUCCCCUAACUGCUGUACUCUUGAAGGCUUGACGCCCCUUCAUUUUGCUGCGGCCUCCGGCCACGAUGGUGUGUGCAGAUUACUCCUGCAGGAAGGUGCCUCUUGCUCUUCAACAGGCUUUCGAGGUAUAAGCCCUCUCCAUGUUGCUGCUCACUUCGGGCAUGUAGGGGUAUUUAAGACAUUGUUAGGUGUUGGCUUAGAUCCAAACGACUAUCACGAAAAUGGAUCAAACGCAGUUUUUGAGCUCCUGCUCUCUCAGCGGGGGAUCGGCCUAGCAGAGGUAUCGAGCCGCCUGAACUGGUUGCUGCAUGGCCAACAACAACAUUUCAUCGAUAUCCAGGCAAAGGACAGCGAACAUCGGGGGGUCAUAAGUUACGUCGAAACCUUAACCGGCGCUCCCAAUGACAAAUCUGACCGGGCAUUCGAUAAAAUCAAGCCAUCCAUCGAGGUAUUACUGGAUCAAGGAGCUCAGGCCGAUGAACUUGAUAUUCACCGCGUGUCUCUACUUCACCAAGCAUGCGACGAAGGGGACUUGGAGCUGGUCAAGAUGAUCCUCCAAAGAAAGCCUGACCUUGAGGUUAGAAGCCAGUGGGAUCCUGGACAUGAUUUUGGAGGAUGGCUGGACUGGACGCCGCUCCAUAUAGCCGUUGUCAAUCAACACUUGAUGAUUGCCUCCGAGCUCGUCAACAGUGGUGCGGACAUUGAUGCUGGAUCCGAGUCUAGAUUUUUAGGCGGACGUACCCUGUCCCCACUGAAACUGGCCGCAAGGAACAAUGACGUCGAAAUGCUUGAGAUGCUUUUUGCUAAAGGGGCAGGAAAGAAUGAUUCUGUACUCAUUGCCGCAUUACAUGCAGCUAUUUGGACAGAUGCAGUCGAAGCCGUCCGUUUUCUCAUCGACGAUGAGGGCAGGCGCCAAAUAUUCACUCUCAAGAACAUUGGUGCGCGUGUGCCAAGUACAAAAAUGCUAGAAGUUCUAUUAGAAGCCGGUCUGCUGGUUGUGGAAGAGCACGUACUCAACGGCAACGUUUGUUACUGGACUCACCUGACUUAUGCAGCGUGGGCAGCAGAUGUCAGCGUGGUAACGUCACUUCUUGACCAUGGGGCGAACCCCAAUAAAACAGCGCCUGCUCUCUUGCCUGGACUGGAAAUGACACCUCUUGCUUUUGCUGCACUGGAAGGCCAUCUUUCUAUCGCAGCUCUGCUGCUCGACCGCGGAGCGGAUCCGUCAUUAACAGGUAAGGGGUCGCUUCCGCCUGCACAAGUGGCGAUUGUAUCAGGUUACGAUGAUAUUGCCUCUUUGAUCCUCAAGCACACUCAUGGAGCAGUUCCAGAAGCACGAUGGGGCACGACCGUUGAAAAGCGAAUGGAAGCGGAAUCAUUGACGUACGACACGCAGAGUCCGAUCGAGUUGGACCUUUAUUCCGCUAUUGAUUGA